AUGCGCUCGAAAAUAUUUGAUGAUGCCGAACUCGAACGACUACGACGUGAGGCUAUUCCGUCGUCGAAUGAAUCGGCUAUGGCUGGAGAUGCAGCUCCACAUUCGACAGACCAGCAUCCACACGUGGAAGCCGCCAUGGAUCUUCCAGUUGUGGUUGAUUCGAACGACGAUGAAAUAGUCUCCCACGAACUAGAGCAAAUGAGGAGUAUAUUGGAAGAGGCGAUUUUGGAAACGCGCGGCACCCCUCUCGAAAAUCGACCGCGACUUCCCCGCAUACCCUUAAGCAAGCGAAAUCGGGCUGUCGUGAGGGCUCUUAACCCAAUGCUGGUGACCUAUUUGGAAGCCAGCCGGGACCUUUGCGAGAUGGACUCGAUUCUCUUUGGCGCCGCAGUGGCAGUUUGCCGUAUUAUUGGCGCCAAACUUCCCAUGGCUGGACGCGCUACUACACAAAGUAACGCCAUCCCAGCCUGGAGGAAAAGAAUCGAGGACCGUAUCGCAAAGGCAAGGGCCCUUAUCGGCAGACUGACAAGCUUCAGGUCGGGUAAUAAUAGACCGAGGAUUAUGCGCACCGUUAGAAUGGCGUUUGCUGGGACAAAUAUCAGUUUGUCCCAGCCGGAUAUCACGCAGAAACUAACGGAGCGCAUAGACGACCUGAAGCAAAAGAUCGCUGCUUGGGGGAAGCGGAUUCGACGAUUUUCCGAGGGGUCAAGGCGGUUCAACCAGAAUCGUCUCUUCCAGAGUGAUCAGAAGAGGCUCUAUAAAUUAUUGGAGCGACCAAAGGUAUGUGUAGCGGGCCAAGGACCGGAUCAGGCUGACAUUAUCGCAUUCUGGCGUGGCCUGUGGUCAGAGCCCGUAAACCACAGUGAGGGCCCUUGGAUGGAAGUUGUGGCGAGCCAGGGUGCGAGUGUUACGCCUAUGGACCCCAUCACCAUAACGCCAGAAGACGUGGCUGAGGCGGGCCGCUGCCUGGAGGUCGCCAGGGCGCGUCUGGAGCUGGCGCUGGACGCGACAGCAUGCGAACCGCCAGCCGAGCGCGAGGUGCUGCACGACCACCCAGCAGCCCCUCGCAUCCAUCAUCCCCACCAGCUGGCUUGGUGUCGGCAGGGUCUUCGCGGGCCCAGCAAUCGGCACCCGCCUCUGGUGGAGUGCGCCGCAUGCGUUGGACAACCCAGAUGUACAGCAACGCAUUGCGGGCGUAUUUUAGGGCGAAAGGGGGAGAAACUGGAGGUUUUUGCGUAUCGGGCAAGGAUGCAUCGACUUUUUGGUGAGCUGGAGCCAUCUGUAACCGUCACCGAGCAAAACCUGGCAGACCGAGUUCGGUAUAUCUUGCGCUCAAAUACAUUUGAUGUUACCGAACUCGAACGGCUACGACGUGAGGCUGUUCCUUCAUCGGGUGAAAAUGCUGCGGCUGAGGAUGCGGCGCCACAAUUUGCUGAGCAAACGGCAAAUGUAGAUGCCGCCGUGAACACGCCAGUUGUGGUUGAUUCAGACGAUGAUGGAAUAGUCGCCCAGGAACUGGAACUAGAGCAAAUGAGGAGUACAUUGGAAGAGGCGAUUGUGGAAACGCGCAGUACGACUCUCGAAAAUCGACCGCGACUUCCCCCGCUUAGCCCUAAGCAAGCGGAAUCGGGCUGUCGUGAGGGCUCUGAAUCCAAUGCUGGUUACCUAUUUGGAAGCCAGCCGGGACCUUUGCGAGACGGACUCAAUUCUUUUUGGCGCCGCACUGGCAGUCUGCCGUAUUAUAGGUGCCAAACUUUCCACGGCUGGACGCGCUACUGGACAAAGUAG